CUCCUAAUGGAACUCUUUUCGAGCAUCUUCAUGUUGAAGAAGCUGAUCAUCUGGACUGGCCUGCGAGGAUGAGAACCGUUAUGGGUACAAUGUAUUGUCUUCAAUACAUGCAUGAAUUAAACCCCUCAGUGCCACAUUGCAACUUGAAUUCUAAAUCCAUAUAUUUGACCGAUGAUUAUGCGGCUAAGAUUACAGAGAUUGAUUUCUGGUCAGAACUAACAGCCAAGUCGAAGUCCUCUAGCGAUGAUUUAGAGAAUUCCGUGCUGCCACCGCUUGCUGAUCCCGAGACUAAUGUCUAUAGCCUUGGGAUUCUUUUAAUAGAAAUAAUUUCUGGCAAAUCACCUUAUUCAGAAGAAAAACAGUCUCUUCUAAACUGGGCGGCACAAUAUUUUCGUCACGACAAGCAGAAUAUCGCCUCACUGGUUGAUCCAUCAUUGAAGUCUUUCAAGAAUAAUGAGCUUAUGGUUAUUUGUGAAGUAAUUGAACAGUGCCUUCAAGAAGAUCCAAGGAAGAGACCAACUAUCAAAGAAUCCAUUGAUAAAUUAAGGAAUUUUUGACCAAAAUACCAAAAUAAGCCAUUAUUUAAAUCAAUUCACCAAAAUAUUAUGUUUUUAAAUUUUUUUACGAAACUAGUAUAAACGUAGUCCACAAUAACGUUUUAUGUUUUAUUUUAUUUUAAAAAAAUUAAUGAGAAAAAGACGGACUGCUAACGGCGUUAA